AUGAGUACGCUGUCCACCAUUUGUCAGAAACACAUCAAACACAUAGAAGGUACCUUAUCAACAAAAUACUUAGCAUUCUGUUCCGAUGAUUGUUCUUUGCUAUGCAUUAACUGCAUCCUCUACGAUGGUCACAAAGGCCAUUAGUUUCAAUCCUUAGAAGAUAGUUUACGAUUGGAAUUGAAUAGAUUCUACUCCAUCUCUGAAAACGUCCAAUAGAAUCACUAGAAAGCCAUUAAACAAUUUCAAUAGUUAGCAUAGAUGAAUGACCAACUAGACAUCGACUAUCAAAGACUCAACAUCGAAAUCACAAAAUUCUUCAAUGCAAUUCGUCAAUCCAUUCAAGAACGAGAAUCCAAACUUCAAGAACAAUUAAAUCAGUCACUCCUCAACUAGAGGCAACAGAUCUCUCAAAACCAAUCAAAGCUCCAACUCCAAUUAUAAGAUAUUAAUGAUUAUUUGCAAGAAUUAUCAGAGUUAGAUGAAAAGUCUUAGGAUCCUAUAAAAUUCUUAUAGACAACUCAAAAUAGAACUAAACUCAUCAAUAAGUUACCAAAAUCCAUAGUUACAAUUGAUUAGACAAUUAAAUUUCCUGAAUUAAAUAAAGAAUAGGAGAAUCAAAACCUUAUUAAAGUAUUAUCAAAAAAAGUUAACACUCAACAAGUCUUACCUCCUCCGCCUACUUAAUAGACUGCAUCCACUCAACAAAAAAUAGUUUAAUCCAUAAAAAAAUAGAGUAGUAACAAUUAGUAGUAGCAGUCAUAUAACGCUCAAUAUCAAUAAUAAUAGAAUUAAAUCCUUUAACUGUAAUCGCAAUAAUAACAACAAAAAAAAAUGAACUAAUCAAAAAAGGUGCCAUUAUGUGAAACCAAUGGACCUUGUGCAGUGUAGAUUAAUUUAAAAAAGAAGGUUGAGGAAAAACAAAAUAAUUAAGUUAGAUUGACUAACUUUCAUGAGGCUAGAAAUUAAAUGAAAGAGAGGAACUAUGAAAAAAGCAUUGAAAGGAGGAAGGAUAGAGAUCACAGUACUCCUAGGAGAUUAUUCAAGAAUCAAUCAAAAGUUAGUUAAGAUCCCUAAUCUCCUUUUUUGAAUUAGGAUGAUUCAAAAUAAGAGAUCAAUACAUUCCUAAAUUCAAUCCAUGAUUUUGAACCUGAAUUAACGAAUGUUAGUCAUAUGUCAAUGGAUUAUCAGUAUAUCACAAUAGGUGGUUUUGUUGAUAGUUUAAAAUAAAUAGUUGAGAAAUACGAUAUAAAAACAGAUUAUCCUAGUGAGAAAGAUUAAUUAAAAAAUAAUAGAUGUAAAUUUGGAAUUGCACAUUUAAUUAAUGGGAAUGUUCUAUUAAUGGGUGGAAAAGUCGAUGGAGUUCGUAUUGAUACUUGUGAGGAAUAUAAUUAUAAGGAUAAAAAGGUUAUUCCAUCAAAAAUCAAGUUGCCAUCAUCAAGAAGUGGAUUUGGCACUUUGAAUGUGAACCAAUUUAUUUAUGUGAUUGGUGGAAAUGAUGGUUAAGAGAAUUUAAAGGAUUUCGAUUGCUUUAAUUAGAUUGACAAUAAUUGGAUUAAAUUCCCAUCUAUGAUUGAAGCCAGAGAUGAGUUGGCUGUUUGCAUGUAUGAAAAUGCCAUCUUUGCCAUAGGAGGAUUCGGUGUCAACACUUGUCUAAAAACCGUCGAGGUGUUUACUUCAGGUAAAUGGGGUCAUUGUGCUCCAUUAAAUAUACCAAGAAGAGCAUUAGCAGGUGUGUCAUUACCUGAUGGUAUAUAUGCUAUAGGGGGAUUUGAUGGGACAUAAUAUUUGAAUAGUGUCGAAAAGUAUGAGGAUGGCCGAUGGACCUUAAUAGAGUCUAUGAUUCAUCCGAGAUGCACACUGUCAGCUUUGGCAACUCCUGAUAAUUAAUACAUUUAUGUAUUUGGAGGGUUUGAUAAUGGUCCUCUGGAUUCUGUUGAAAAGUAUUCAGUGUUGAGUGGAAAUUGGGAAGAAAUAAAUUCAUUGAUGGCCAAGAGAUUUAUGCAUUAGACUUUUAUUACACUUGUAUGA